AUGAGGCCCCUCGUGGAAGAAGAGACCAAGAAGGUCUUCGCCAAGCUGGCCAACUACACUGGUGGCUCGCUGAAGCAGCUGAUCCAGCCGCUCGACAACGGUGACCGAUAUGUCCUCCGUCUGCAGAAGGACCGCGUCUACUACGUCCUUCUCUCGAUCGCGAACCUCGCCGUCAGUAUUGAGCGAGCGAAGCUGCUGUCCAUCGGCACAUGUCUUGGCAAGUUCACAAAGAAGGGUUCCUUCAAGCUUCACAUCACAGCUCUGCCUAUCCUGGCCGAGCACGCCCGUUACAAGCUCUGGGUUAAGCCCAAUGGCGAGAUGCCCCUGCUGUACGGUAGCCACUGUGUGAAGGCGCACGUCGGUCGCUGGACCGACGAUAUCCCCGAGCACGCCGGCAUCGUCUUCUACAACAUGGCCGACGUCCCCAUCGCCUUUGGCGUCACUGCCCGCAGUACCGCUGACGCCAAACGCCUCGACCCUACCGGCAUCGUCGCCUUUCGUCAGGCCGAUUGCGGCGAGUACGUUCGCGACGAAGAUACGCUCUUCUCGUCCGGUUAA